UGUGACAGCAUAGGGCCAAAUAUAAAUUCCUAAGGACAUUGUCCACUGAGGACCUUUAUUCAUUUAAUAAUCCCAUGCUAAUUACUUAUCUUAUGGUAACUUUUAUAUAGCUAAGAAAAUACUAAAUAUAUGCAAAGUAAUCAUUUUGGGGGAAAAGGUACUGAUAGUCAAAGAGAUAAAGAUAUGCUUCAUGUAGAGAAAGUACCUUUUGAGCUGAGCAUUGAAGGAAGUGGGAAAUUAAUGAGGCAGAAGGGAAGAAGUGAAUUCCGGGCAUGGGAACAACUUGUACAAAACAUUAGAAGAUGAGAAAUAUAGGGAGCCAUUUGUGAGGAACAGCAUGUAAGCCACCAUGACUUAAAGUAUGUGAAGGGAAAUAAUAUAUAAUAAGGCCACAAAAGUAGGGUGAAGCCAAAUUGUAAAGUGUGAUAAAGAGGAUUUUUAUCGUAAGUACAGUGGGGAUGGGAGGAAGGGGGAGAAAGGGAAGGAGAAGCUUGGUGGCGGAGUGGUUAGAGCAUGGGCCCAGGAGUUAGGAGGACCUACCUGUGUAACUGAGCAAGUCACUUUACUUUCUGUCUCAGUUUCCUCAUCUGUAAAAUGGGAAGAACACAACUCCCUUACAGGAUUGUUUUGAGGGUAAAAUGAGACAGUACUUGUAAAGUUCUCUGUAAACCUUAAAGAACUAUAUAAAUGCUAGUGAUGUUGAUGACUAUGAAGGUGAGGAGGCACUGCUGCUGUUGGUAAGGCCAACAGUCCCCUGCCCUCAAGUAUCUUACAUUCUAAUAACAUAUAGGGCAGUUGUGGUCUAGAAUGUUGAAGGAAUGGAGAGUGGGGAGCCAAAGGGACAAUUAAUUGACUAGAUCUUUCCUGAAAUGGUGGCGUGGAUUAGUUUAUUGUUCCUAGAGCUAGAGAGAAAAUUCACUGGCGAGAUUGCUGGAAAGAUGAGUACAAUGGCAUCAGGUAAAGAUGUCUGGGGAGCAACUUGAUAGGUCUGAGUCUGGGCUAGAAAGCAAGAGGAAUUGGAUUGAAAUGUAGUGAGUUAAAUGACAUUGAAACAUUAAUAGAUAUUUUUUGGGUGUGAAAAUCUCCCCAGCUGUAUUAAGGUUUUGUCUAUAAUUUUCUAUAAUUUUUAUAAAAACUAGUGACUCAGAUGCCUUACUAAAGCCUGAGUAUAAACUUUGGCAACUUCAUUCUUCUGAUCUGUCAAUCUAGUAAUUCUGUCAAGAAAGGAAAUACGCAGGAGCAGCUAGGGGGCGCAGUGGAUAGAGCACCAGCCCUGAAGUCAGGAAGACCUAAGUUCAAAUUUGGCUGACAUUUAACAUUUUCUAGUUGUAUGACCCUGAGCAAGUCACUUAACCCCAAUUGCCUCAGCUAAAACAAAAAAAGAAAGAAAGAAAGAAAGAAGAAGAAAAAAAAAAACAAGUUCAGUUUGGCAUGACCAGUUCUUGAUGAGGCCAUGCUGUCUCUUUGUGAUCACUAUUUCCUGGCAUUAGCUAUCCCUUGUAUGUACUCUAGAAUUUUCCCACAAAUGAGGUGGUUUAGUUACUUUGGACUGGUUUAGUUACUUUGGACUUAUUCAGCCCAGCUCUUUGAGGCUUUUCUCAUUGAAGCUGAAUUUAGUAACAGGAAUGUAGGCAAUGCCCUCAGAGUUCAUUUUAGUUGAAUGAAUGAGCAUCAUUUAUUAAUUAUUUAUUAAAGCUUCCACCUCUGAAUUAUUCAGGCUUUUUCACAUGUCAGAGUUAUUUAUGAAGACCUUCUAUCUGGACUGAAGGUGAGGUGGGGAGGACUCUGGAGGCACUGAUUACCUGCUAAUUUGGUGUUUUGUUUUUUUUUCUAGCGGCUACCCAACCAUGCCAAAUUCCUUACUGUGGGCUGUGGAUAUUUUUGGGAGAGUGUACACGCUUGCCACAGCUGGCCAGUACUGGGAACUCUGCAAGGAUGCCCAUCUAGAAUUCAAGCGGGUCAGCGCUGUGAAGCAGUGCUGCUGGGGGAUCGCUUGUGACAAUCAAGUCUAUGUAUACGUAUGCUCCAGUGAUGUCCCCAUCCGGCACCGGGAGGAAACCUAUGAGAACCAGCGAUGGAAUCCAGUUGGUGGUUUCUGUGAAAAGCUCAUGCCCAGUGACCGCUGGCAGUGGAGCGACGUGAGUGGGCUCAAGCACCAACAGCUGGAUAGUUUGGUGCUGCCAUCACCACACUGGGAGUGGGAGUCUGACUGGUACGUGGAUGAAAAUUUUGGAGGGGAACCCACCGAGAAAGGGGGAUGGACAUAUGCCAUGGACUUCCCAGCAACCUACACCAGGGAUAAGAAAUGGAACUCCUGUGUGCGGCGGCGGAAGUGGAUCCGUUACAGGAGAUAUAAAUCCCGGGACACUUGGGCCAAGAUUCCAUCCCAUGAUGACCCUAAACAGCUGCCUGAUCCUUUCAACGAUCUCUCCAUUGGAGGAUGGGAAAUCACAGAUGAACCUGUAGGUCGAUUGUCUGUCUGGGCAGUUUCUCUGCAAGGCAAGAUAUGGUACAGAGAGGAUGUCUGCCACCCAAACCCUGAGGGUUCUUCUUGGUCACUUGUAGAAACCCCUGGGGAAGUUGUACAAAUCAGCUGUGGGCCCUAUGAUCUUCUCUGGGCCACCCUUUGGGAAGGGCAAGCGAUGGUUCGAGAAGGAAUUGAUAGAAAUAAUCCCAAAGGCAGUUCCUGGUCAAUAGUGGAACCACCGGUAUCUGAAAAUGGGAUCAUGCAUGUCUCUGUUGGUGUUAACGUUGUCUGGGCAGUCACUAAGGACAGAAAAGUCUGGUUUAGACGAGGUGUCAACUCUCACAAUCCCUGUGGCACCAGCUGGAUUGAGAUGGUUGGAGAAAUGAUGAUGGUAAACGUAGGGUUAAACGACCAGGUUUGGGGAAUUGGAUGUGAUGAUCGAACAGUUUAUUUCCGACAAGGUGUUACACCGAGUGAACUUAGUGGAAAAACAUGGAAGGCCAUCAUUGCAAACAGAGAGAAUGAUCGAUCGCAUACUGGAAGCUCAUCCAGCCUCCUUAGUGCCGGAUGUUUCUUUGGGGAUGAAGUGAGAGGCAGCGGUGACUCCUUGGCUCCGAGUGACACUGAGACUUCCUCGGAGGCUGAGAGGCCAGGACUGGUGUCUGAGUAUGAAAUAUCUUUGGGUAACAGCCGGCCCCGUCCUGAGAGCUCUAGGGAAGAAGAGGCGGCCUUGGCUGGAGAUGGCCAAGCUCAGGGCAUUGUGCCAGCUUCCAGGCCUGACCCUGCCCCGGCUGAGCUCCCCUGGACCAACAUCGACCUGAAGGAGACUCAGAAAACCUCUGCUUCUUCAGCAGCCUGCUAUGCUGAGACCACCAGCCUCUCUUCUCUGGGGCUCUUUCCCAUGGGUCUGGAGGAGGGCUAUGGAGCUGAUGAUCACCCGUUGUGGGCCUGGGUGUCAGGAGGAGGCUGCACAGUGGACACACACACAGUUCUGAAGUGGUUCACUGUUCAGUCAGGUCUCUCCACCUCCAUGCAGACGCUAUCUUUGUCCAUCACUCCAGCCCAGACAGCGGCGUGGCGAAAGCAGAUUUUCCAGCAGCUCACGGAAAGGACCAAGAGAGAACUAGAGAAUUUCAGACAUUAUGAGCAGGCUGUAGAGCAGUCGGUGUGGGUGAAGACUGGCACACUACAGUGGUGGGCAGACUGGAAGCCCCACAAGUGGAUUGAUGUCCGGGUGGCGCUGGAGCAGUUCACUGGGAAUGAUGGCACUCGAGAUAGCAUCCUUUUCAUCUACUACAUGUUCCAUGAGGAAAAGAAGUACAUUCACAUAUUUCUCAAUGAAGUGACAGUGCUGGUUCCUGUGCUAAAUGAGGCCAAACAUUCGUUUGCCCUCUAUACCCCAGAGAAAACCAAACAGAGAUGGCCCAUCCGUCUUGCUGCUGCUACUGAGCAAGAAAUGUAUGAUUGGCUUGCUCUACUCAGUACGUCCUGCUCCGAAAGCCGAAGGAUCCAAGGCCGCCCUUCCCCCCAGGCCAUCUGGUCUGUCACUUGCAAAGGAGACAUUUUUGUGAGUGAGCCUAGUGUGGACCUGGAGGCACCCGUGCAUCCAAUGCCAUGUGACCAAAUGUUUUGGCGUCAGAUUGGAGGGCACCUGCGGGUGGUGGAGUGUAACAGCCACGGCGUUGUAUGGGGCAUCGGUUAUGACCACACAGCUUGGGUGUACACUGGGGGAUACGGUGGAGGCUUUUUUCAGGGCCUGGCCAGCAGUACCAGUAACAUCUAUAUGCAGUCUGAUGUCAAAUGCGUUUACAUCUAUGAAAAUCAGCGCUGGAAUCCUGUCACGGGCUAUACCAGCAGGGGUCUGCCUACUGACCGCUACAUGUGGAGUGAUGUGACAGGGCUGCAAGAAUGCACAAAGGCCAACACCAAGCCUCCCUCCCUUCAUUGGACAUGGGUUUCUGACUGGUAUAUUGAUUUCAACAUUUCUGGUGGUACGGAUCGAGAAGGAUGGCAGUAUGCAAGUGACUUUCCAUCGUCUUAUCAUGGAUACAAAACUAUGAAGGAUUUUGUCAGACGAAGACGAUGGGCAAGGAAAUGUAAGCUGGUGACCAGUGGGCCCUGGUUGGAAGUCGCCCCCAUUUCCCUUUGGGAUGUCUCCAUCAUCCCUGGCUGUGAGGAAGGCAGCAAAGAUUCCAUUGCACUUUGGGCCAUCAGCGACAAGGGAGACGUUCUGUGUAGACUGGGCGUGUCAGAACUCAAUCCGGCGGGCUCAUCGUGGCUGCACGUGGGUACAGAUCAGCCCUUUAUUUCAGUCUCUGUUGGGGCUUUUUACCAGGUCUGGGCCGUGGCUAGAGACGGCUCAGCAUUCUACAGGGGUUCUGUGUCCCCCAAGCAGCCUGCUGGUGAUUGUUGGUACCACAUCCCUUCUCCUCCAAAACAGAAGUUAAAGCAGGUGUCAGUGGGACAGACAUCAGUGUAUGCGUUAGAUGAAAAUGGUAACUUGUGGUUCCGACAGGGAAUCACUCCCAGCUACCCACAAGGAUCCAACUGGGACCAUGUCUCUAAUAACGUCCGCAAAGUUUCUGUUGGCCCACUGGACCAGGUCUGGGUCAUUGCCAAUAAAGUUCAAGGAAGCCACAGCCUGAGCUGCGGGACUGUGUGUCACAGAACAGGAGUGCAGCCCCGGGAGCCAAAAGGGCAAGGAUGGGAUUAUGGCAUUGGGGGAGGAUGGGACCAUCUUUCAGUCCGGGCUAAUACCACCAAAGCCCCGAAGAGCGUGCCCCAGGAGCCAGGGGAGGAUAAUUUCUCUAGGACCACGGACCUGGAAGAGGGAGAUGGGGGUGGAGAGAGCAGCUUCUUUAACAAGACCAUGCUGGUCAUGAAUGCAGUACCGGAGGUGAAUGGCAGCGCGGUGACUUGCUAAGGAACCAAGGCCGCCUUCGCCCACUGCAGGGACCUGGGAGCCGAGGCGGGUUUUGUAGGGUCUAGAUUUGCUAUGUGAGCCUUUUACAGUUAGAUUUAUUUUAUUCUUGUAUUGGAAUUUUACAGUUUGUGCAGGGAGAGGAUGGAGGCAUAGAUCCUGUGCAAGGUUGGAGGGAGAUGGCUGUUUCAGAGGCCGUCCCACCACCUCCGAAAUGUGAAUUUUUGUGUCAUUGCACUUUGGUCUCAGAUCUGGUAAACAUCCUUAAUCUUACCUUCGCUGCCUCGGAGUGUCCUCCGUGUGCCUCUCUGUUCUGGCGGAGUCCUCUUCAUGGGAGAUGGCUCCUUUGUGCCCUUGACAAUCGAUUGCCACAAGAAGGAACCAGCCCUGGAGAGCCUGUGCUGUUGCUGGUGGUAGAAGGGAGACAGACCCUGGGCCCGGCAGCCUCCGUAAGGGAGUUACACAUGGCUGAGUCACUUCUGGACUGGGGGCCCCAGAGUCCUUCCUUGAGCUAUUCCUCUUCUCCCCCAGAAUGCAGGGGCCUCAUGUGGUUCAGCUCAUGUCCCCAGGGCUCUUUAGAUACUGGACUUCAGUGGGGAAGAAGGGUCAGGAAAGUUGUGAGGUUAGAGGCAACGGUCAGCUGGCAGCAGUGUCUCAAUUUCAUUUUUUUUUUCUCUUGUUCUUUCUCUGUCACUUGGACUGUAUCUCCAUAUAAAGUAGGAUUUAAAAACAGAUUUAAUCCAACAGCAACCAGUUCAUGAAAUGGUUGGGUUUUUUUUUAAAGGUGGACUUAAUUCUGCCAUGUCUGUGUGUAGACAUAAUACUACUGAAUUUUCCUUAUUUUGUUGCUGUUUACUUGUUUUGUAAAGGAACACGCUGCCAUGUUCAGAAAGAAUUUGAUGUGACAUUAUAUUAGAAAGAGAGAUAUGCUUUAGAAAAUUCCAAAAAACUUGAAUUGAUAUUGUUCUAAGUAGUCUUUAAUUUUUAUUAACGUAACCAAAUAACACUAAAGCCAAGGAAGGAAGAUGGUAAAUUUUAGGAUUAAGUACCUUGGGAGGAGAGGGGAGUUUUUCUCUGCACUUCCCCCUGUGAGCAUUCAAUAAUACUUAUUUUUACCUUCUUCAGUGAACUGCCUUUAUGAGAUAAGGCUUGCUGUUCCACCCCAAAAAACCACUGCCCCCAUUCCAUCAGCUGAAUCAGAAUGCACUUUGUUAAACUGAUGAAUCAGUGAAAUCAGUUUAUUAAAUUGCCCUUUGUUUUGAUCUGUUUUACCCAGGGCAAUGAUGGAUAAUUCUUCUGCCAUUUUAUUGCCAGAUUUACAUCCUGUUGGUGAAAUUUUCUCUAGUUUGUCUUUCCAAAUUGGAGACCUUUGCAUGUUCUGUGAAUCAAAAACAAAUGCCCAUUCUCUUAUUAUUUUAAGAUUAAAUAAAAGCUGAUUUAUAAUUAGCUUUUCCCAGAAUCAUCAUUCUUUUAGGUUGAUCUGUUUUCUUCUGUUGUUAGGAGAGAGGACAGGCAUAUAUUUAAUUAUAUUCCUUUGUAUUGUGUUUUAUUACACAUGAACAGAAUUUUGAAUGAAAAGUUGCUCUGUGACUUCAUCUGUGAAUCAAGUUUGAAGUCCUAAAGUGAAUGUCUUUUUUUUUUUUUUUUGCAUGUAUUGUAUCUUUUGCCAUUUUUGACACCAAGGUGUACAGUUUGAAUGUCCCAAAUGGAAAAUUAUUCAAGAUGGUUUGCGUUAAAAAAAAAGGAAAAAAGAGAGAAGCUUGUUUACUUAUAGUGGAUCGAUUUCCUAUCUUGUUUACAUGUUUCAUUUCAAGAUUUCCUUGUAAAUGGGCAUUAUGUUCUGUAUUUUCCUAAAAAUUACUUGCAGGUUAUGCUAUCAAUUUCUAUUUGUUCUCAAAACAAACUCCUUUAGGGGUUUUAAUUCUGCACUCACUCAAAGGGUGAACUUGUUCUUUCCCCUUUUGAGAAUAGAAUGUUUACAUGUUCAACAGUACCAAAUUCUCUCAAAUUUCCAGGAUUCUUUAAGUCAAUAAAAUAUAUUCCAGAAUAAAA